AUGAGCUUCGCCAUCGAGGUUCCUGGCGACGCGAACCCGCUGACCCUCCAGACGCUCUGCCAGGCCCUCCAGUCCGCCACUUCAUCCGACUAUGCACAGCGCCAGACCGCUGGCCAGCAACUCACCUCGUGGGAGCUGCAGUCUGGCUACUAUUCUUCGUUACAGGCCAUCUACCUCGACAAGUCCCUCCCCGUCGACAUUCGUUUUCUCGCCGUCAUCCAGCUCAAGAACGGCAUCGAUCGGUAUUGGCGACUUUAUGCACAGGUCAAGAACAGCAUCAAGCCGGAGGAAAAAGCUCUCAUCCGUCAACGCCUAUUCCAGGGGACCAUCGAAGAGGAGGAGUCGAACCUCGCUUUACACAAUGCACUGGUUGUCGCCAAGGUUGUUAGGAUCGACUAUCCCUCCCAGUGGCCGGACGCGCUAGGAAGCAUCAUCGAACUUCUUCGUUCCUCUCGAAAUGGUAGCCAGAAGCAUCUGCAUGGAGUGUUGCAGAUCCUGCUACGAGUUGUCAAGGAGCUCGGAACCGCCAGGCUGCGAAAGUCACAAACCGACCUGCAAGCCGUCACACCUGAAAUAGUCCAUGUCUUGUCGGAGAUUUACGCCGAAAAGUCUACAGCAUGGGUUGGCUACCUCAGUGGUGGACAGGGAAACAAUGGCGAAGCAGAUGUAGCUAUGCUGAACAGCUUGUUUUCUCUCAAGAUUCUCCGCCGCCUAGUCAUUCUCGGUUACGAGCGGCCCCAUGGAGACAAGACGGUCGAGCAGUUCUGGACCAUGUCACAGAACCAGUUCGGUCAACUCCUCAACUUUGUGAGCCAUGACUCAACGGUGCCACCCCAAUAUCAAGACGUCGUCGGCAAGCAUCUCCUCCAGUUCACCAAACUCCACAUCGACAUGUCGGAAACACAUGCUGCCAGCUUUGCCGUCCUUCCCAACUCCCUUUCCUUGGUUCAUGCAUAUUGGGAUCUUGUUGCAAAGUUCGCCGAAGUCUUUGACAAGUCUGGCGGCAUUCGACAAGGCUCUGGGGAAGCAGGCACGGCAAAAUCAAAGGUCGAAGGUCCCCUCCUCGAGAGACUAGCGCUCAAGGGCCUUUUGCUGCUUCGAGCAUGCGUUAGGAUUGGCUUCCAGCAUGUGCAAACAUUCAAAUACCGGACCCCAGAGACCAAGGCAGAGCAGGAACAAGCCAGGGAUAUCAUCAAGACCCAACUUCUGAAGCCCGACCUUGUCGUCCAAAUCGUCAACGCCAUCAUCACUCAUCUCUUUGUCUUCCGCAAGGCGGAUUUGGACGCUUGGGAGGAGGAUCCCGAAGAUUGGGAGCAACAGGAGCAGAGCGAGGGAAGUGCCUACGAAUGGGAGGUGCGCCCCUGCGCUGAGAAGCUCUUUCUUGACCUUCUCACAAACUACAAAGACCUCUUAAUCCCCCCUCUGCUGUCGUACUUCCAGACUGCGCAGGCUCCCCAGGCUGAUAUCGCCACCAAGGAGGCGGUGUAUACAGCUAUGGGCCUUUCAGCGGCUCAUGUCUUCAAUGUUUUCGACUUUGAUUCCGUACUAGCCUCUACCAUUGUUAACGACGCUCAGCAACAAGGCGGUUUGUGCAUGGUGUUGCGACGACGGAUAGCUAUCCUCGUCAGCCAGUGGGCUCCUGUCAAGCUAGACGAUUCCAGUCGGCCAUUAGUCUACCAGAUCUUCCAACACUUUCUAAAUCCGGAGGACCAAAACAACGACCUGGUCGUUCGAAUCACAGCGGCCCGGCAACUACGCUGGAUUGCCGAUGAGCUUGACUUCAGUGUCGACGCGUUUCUACCCUACACCUCCAAUGUCCUGGCCCAGCUCAUCAACCUCAUCCAGAACGUGGAUGUCGAUGAGACCAAACUUGCGAUUCUCGAGUCCAUUAGAAUCCUUGUUACCAGGAUGGAAGAGCAGGUAUCUCAGUUUGGUGACCAGCUUAUGGCUGCUCUUCCUGGUGUCUGGGAGAACUCUGGCACGGAAGAAUACAUGAUCAAGCAAGCGGUCAUUGCCAUCUUUGCCGCUCUGGUCAUGAGUAUGGGUAGCAACUCCCAGCGCUACCAGCAUUUUAUGGUGCCACUGCUGUCUGAAGCCGCACGUCGGGGAUCUGACUUGCAUGUUCACCUAAUCGAUGAGUCGCUGGAGCUGUGGAAUUCCAUCCUGAUGCAGAGCAAUCCACCUCUAGCACCUGAUGUGAUCAACCUCGCCGAGUUGGCGCUCCCACUUCUGGAAUACCAGCCCGAAACAGCAUCACAAGCCCUCUCCGCCAUCGAAUCCUAUGUCCUCCUUGCUCCCAGUGCGAUGUUGGAAGACAGGCUACGACGACCAACUCUAAUGGCCUUGUCAGGGGCGCUUGACUCGAGAAGUCGCGAGCAUGUUCGCCUUGCUACGGUUUGCAUCGAAUACCUUAUCAGGACCGCUGUCGAGUUAGGGGGUUCAAAUGGCGUCUCGGUGAUUAUGCAUGACAUGGUUGAGAUUGGAUUCAUGAACAAGAUUCUAGAGAACCUGCACGACUCUUGGGAGGCACACCAGACCACGGGUCCCAACCGGAAAGUCAGCAAACUCAACACUGUCACAGAAGGAGACUACCUCGCGGUCCUCGCACGGCUGGCACUGGCGGAACCCACCCUAUUCGCGCAGAUGCUGACGAAUUUCGGCCCUCUAGAACAGGUUUGGGGCUGGCUGUCGGCUGAGUGGUUUUCAUAUCUGUCGAACAUGGACCAGAUCGAGCGGCAGAAGCUCUUCCUCUUGGGUCUCACCCGCCUAUUGGAACUGCCCUCACCGAUGCAGGAACUCGUGCUGGGCAAGCUUCAGGAAUACUUUGACCUUUGGACCAAUGCGAUUUCGGAGCUGCAGGACGGCGUGGCCAACGGCACCGACACGCUGAUCUGGGGCCCCCUAGAGGCGGGCGAGUAUGAUACCCCGAAGAUCGUGGCGGAGCGCGAGGGACUUGCCAAGGACCCGGUGCAUACUGUUCACGCGUUUGAGUUCGUAAAGAUGCGACUCCAGGACUUGGUGGCCCGCGUCGGAGGCGAUGCUGCGUUUGAAGAGCAGUGGGCUUCCAAUGUCGACAAGGAGCUGAUUGCAAGGUUCCAGGCCCUGGCGAGUGCGGUGCAGCAGCAAUGA